UCCCCGCGCGGAGGUGAGGGGGAUUAUCAAUCCAUCCAGCAAUGCGGCGGCAGCUAUAGCAUUCGAGAUCUCUAGGAUGGGGCGGCCGCUCGUCUACGACAUCAUCGACAGGCCUGCUAGCAGCUGCCUGAUCGCGCUGUGCAGCGCGGUGUGGCUCUACAUCCAGCACCGGAGCAUCGGCUACGCGGAGGUUGGGAUGAGCUACGAGACGGUGGUGCUCCAGGGGCAGUACUGGCGGAUCCUCACCUCCUCCUUCUCGCACAUAAGCUUCCUCCACCUCGUCUUCAACAUGAGCGCACUGUGGAGCCUGGGCAUGGUGGAGGGCCUCAAGGGGAUCGGCCUGGGGAUCACCUUCUACGUCCACUACACGCUCCUUCUCGUGCUUCUCUCGGCGGCGCUCGUCCUGGGGAUCUACCACUUCCUCGUCCAUCGCUUCAAUCUGGAGCUCUACAAGCGUGUCUCGGCGGUGGGGUACUCGUGCGUGGUUUUCGGCUGGAUGACGAUCCUGGCGUCCAAGCAGCCAUCGUCCAAGCUCGAGCUCUUCGGCCUCCUCUCGCUCCCCAUCAACUUUGCGCCAUUCGAGUCGCUGGUUUUCACGUCCAUCAUCGUCCCCAAGGCCAGCUUCCUGGGACACCUCGCCGGGAUCAUCGUCGGCUACUUGAUCGCGUGGGGGUCGAUCCAGGGGAUGACGAACUACUGGUUUGUAUCGCUGCUGGCGUGGAUGGUCUUGCUGCUCGGGCUCAGCAUCCACAGGACGUCGUCGUAUCAGUUUUGGUUCCUCCAGAUCGAGCCCGUCGCAGAUCCCAGCGUCCCGCAGCUCUCCAACUCUCCCACGCUGCUGCAAAGCUCUUCGUUUGCUACUGCUCCACCGGUUUUUGGAAGCCAACUCGUUUGAUUCAGAUGGAAACGAAGUAGAGUUGAGAGGUACACUACCAGACUCUUCUCUCAUCGUUUCAUACUUGCUCUCGCUUCCAUUAGGCUCUUUGUUUCGCUCGAUUGUUUACCUGAGGCUCUGCGACUGCGUCCAAGUGCAUUGUCUUCGGUUCUCCACGUUUCAAAGAAUGGGGCUCAAGAUGGAGGUGAUUCCACUCGCUCACAAAGCCAUUGAAAUUUCUUGGAGAUAGAACAGAAAAAGCGUCGUUUUUUAAAAUUCUUUUCGAGCGAGAUUUACAGUGUCUGCGCAUUUGAGAGAGAAAAAAAUUAGGCUUGUCUGAACCCAGGUCCGAACUGGGGAUCUUUAGUGUGUGAGACUAGCAUGAUGACCAACUACACCAUCCUGGAGGUAGUGUACAAAUUUCUGUGGAGCUCUAAGAGAAUAUAUUUGUGAAAA